AUGGAUUUGUUUAACUCGGUGUUGAAUUGGGUGGUGCCACCGGCAAGUUUAUUGAUGCUGGCGUUUGCUUGGCCAGCGUUGACCUUCGUCACUGGUUGUGAGUGGCUUUACAAUUUGUUCAACAGUGAAAUUGUCGAAGAUAAGGUUGUUAUAAUUACAGGAGCUUCUUCUGGCAUAGGAGAGCAAAUUGCAUAUGAAUAUGCGAAGAGAAGAGCAAAUCUUGUACUAGUGGCACGAAGACAGAACAGACUGCGAGUGAUCAGUGAGAAUGCAAGGCGUAUGGGUGCAAAGUAUGUCAUGAUUAUAGCCGCCGAUGUUGUCAAGGAAGAGGAAUGUAGGCGUUUCAUCAGUGAAACGAUGAGCUUCUAUGGCCGAGUGGAUCACCUUGUAAAUACAGUAAGUCUAGGACAUACAUUCUACUUCGAGGAAGUUACAGACACGUCUGUCUUUCCCCAAUUGCUGGAUAUAAAUUUCUGGGGGAAUGUUUAUCCAACAUAUGUUGCUCUUCCUUACCUACGUCAAACUAAUGGAAAGAUCAUUGUCAAUGCAUCAGUUGAGAGCUGGUUACCUCUGCCGAGAAUGAGUUUAUAUGCUGCGGCAAAGGCAGCUCUGGUUAACUUUUAUGAGACCUUGAGAUUAGAAGUAAACCAUGAGGUAGGGAUAACAAUUGCAACUCACGGGUGGAUUGGAAGUGAAAUGACAAGAGGCAAGUUCAUGCUAGAGGAGGGGGCUGAAAUGCAGUGGAAAGAAGAGAGGGAGGUACAUGUGACCGGUGGGCCUGUGGAGGAUUUUGCAAGGUUGAUUGUAGCUGGGGCUUGUCGAGGAGAUUCAUACGUUAAGUAUCCAAGUUGGUAUGACAUAUUCCUGCUGUACAGGGUGUUUGCGCCUAAGGUCCUGAAUUGGACAUUCCGCCUCGUUCUUCCAACGCACGGUGGAAGGAGGACUUCCCUUGUGGGCACCGGAAGGCCUAUUUCAGAAGGCUAUGGGAGGCCUUUGCUGGAAGGCACUCCUCCAAGGAGACUUAUUGGUCCCAACACAGUUUCCCAACAGAGUCCCCCGCGUCAGAUAAAAAUGGAAUGA